UUUACAUACAAGAGGCGAAAAGGAGAAAGUAGAGCUUUUGUUUACAAAGCUUCUGUUUACGAGUUUGUCUUUUAUACCUUUCUACCAUUCUAAAUUGCAAUCCCCGAAUACCGAAUAUUGCAGGAAGAACCUACAUUUUUAGAUACCCAACUACCUAACUACCUAAUAUAUCUCCAUCAAAAUGCCCGUGGAUUAUAGCAAGUGGGACGCUCUGGAGCUCAGCGACGACUCCGAUAUCGAGGUCCAUCCCAAUGUCGACAAACGCUCCUUCAUUCGCGCCAAGCAAAACCAAAUUCACAUGGAGCGACAGCAACGUAAACUCCAGAUCGAAACUUUAAAAUACGAACGUCAAGUCAACGAUGGAUUAUUGAAGAGAAUAUCGAGCCUCUUGAACGCCCUAAAAGCUCAUGCUGCCGAAGCAGAGACCCGGAACCCUGCCGAGGUCGCUUUCCAAGCUGUCAUGGAGUCCGCCGGUAGACCAGAGGACGACAAGCCUCCCGCUCGACCCGAGGGUGUCCACGCGCAAGAGGAGCAGCCACCUACAUAUACCAAAAUGAUGGCCACUUUACUAGACCAAGUCAACAAGGAACUCGACGAGAAGAAACCCGAGAACCGUUACAAUGCCAUGGUAGAAGAAAUCGGUGUACAUCUAAACAAGGUCCAAGACUUACAACAGCAGCUAUUAAGCAAGUUGGCAGAACUAGAGAAGGAAGAAAGCCGCAAGAUUACAAGCGAUAGCAUCCACACGGGGUUUGAUAGUUCGCAUGUCAACAAGUCUACACCCUCUGCAUCCGGGGCGAAGAAAGCCGACGACUCCAAAGUGGAGCUUCUAAAUCCCGGCUUCUCGCAGUCUAAGUCGGAGGAGUCCAAGUCUUCGUCAGCCGCGGAAGACGACGAUGACAAGGAGAUCACGGCGUCGCCUGACGCUCAAAAGUUCGCCAAAAUAAAGGCGUCUGAUUAUCGAGAAAGUCAUUCCUUCAUUGGCGCACACCCACACAUCUUAACCGAGAAGGAAACAGACGGUAUCCUGAUCAUGGCAUUUGAUGCCCAGCUGGAAGGGAAGGAUGAUUUCGCACGACAAUGCGUCCACCAAGCUCUCCUGUUACAGUAUUGUCGCGCGUUAGGCAAGGACGGCGUCGCGCUCUUCUUCAAACGCAUUACUACCAAAGGUCACCAAGCGCAGGACGUCUUCUAUAAAGAUGUACAAGAUACGUACUAUAGGAUCAAGAACCGUGCGGCUCAAAUUAAUGCCCAGCGAGAGGCUGAAGGUGGAUCCGGAGAAGGAGUGGAACAGAUCCAAUUGCACGCUGUGGAGCCGGGCACCGAAAUCAAGAUUAGGAUCCCACCUGAGAAAGGAGAGGACGAAGGCGAGAAGAAGGCUCGUGAAAUUUUUGAAGGAUUCACCCCGGAAAUGCAAAAAGCCUUAGAGUCCGGUAGUUUGGAUAAGGUGAACGAAGUGCUGGGCAAAUUGAAGGUUGAAGAUGCUGAGGAAAUCGUUGCCCUUCUGAGCGAAGCUGGAAUCCUGAGCGUAGAGGAACAAAUAAUAGAUGCCACUACGGAGGCAGGACAAAAACAUCUGAAAGAGAUGGAAGAACAAGCAGCACGGGAGUCGUAUGCGGACGAUCCCGAGUAAUCAUGUCGCAUUGGCUAUAUCUUGGCGGCAGCGAGGCAGGUUUUUGAUGACAAAAAGCAUGAGGAAGUGAUAAACUCAAGGUAAAACUUGCAAGUAUUGACGUCCCUAGGAUUAUCGCGACUGUAAUGGUAGGCGUGCAGGAGAAUUAAUUAGGAAUACCAACGUGGUUUAAUAGAGACACUUGGAUGGCAAUGUACUAUUGCUCGCUCUCUUGAGUCUUGACAUAUGGUGCUUUUUGAGAUAUCUCUUAAGGAUAGUAGAACGACCCUAUAUGAUUUAAUAACCCCCUUUGAGUUUACUCGAGACUUAGCCUGGAGAUUAGUGUACGACGCAUUUUAUAUUACCAGGACCUACCACAACACUGAAAGGGUAUCUAAACCAGUGUGGUCCAGAGAUGUUAACACCCACUCGGGAUUAUCUUUAGAUUAAUGAUCCAAGUUACAGAGGAG